AUGACUGAUUCCUCCUCAUCUGACUCCACCAAGUCCUUCUUCCACCCAGCUUUGACUGUCUCCAACAUCAAAAAUCACAUCUUUAUUACUCUUCAAAUGGAAAACGUCCAAUAUGGGACAUGGGCGAAACUCUUCAAAAUCCACGCCAAAUCCUACAGAGUCCUCCACCAUAUCAUUCCACCGGAGUCCGGGAAAGAAAAGGUGCCCAAAACCAAUGCUGAAAAAGAGUUAUGGUUGACUCUUAAUGCCACAGUUCUUCAAUGGAUUUAUGCCACCAUCUCUACUGACCUAUUGCAUACUAUCCUUGAACCCGACUCCACAGCCAUGGAAACUUGGAAUAGGCUGCGUGACAUAUUCCAAGACAACAAAAAUUCUCGAGCCGUCACUCUUGAGCAUGAAUUUUCUCACACUAAUAUGGAGGACUUCCCUAAUGCUUCCGCGUAUUGUCAACGACUCAAGAUUCUUUACGAUCAACUCAAGAACGUCGGUGCUUCAGUCUCCAACAACCGCCUCGUCCUUCAAAUGGUAGCCGGACUCACUGACGCCUAUAAGGAGGUGGGUACACUCAUCCGUCAAGGCAAUCCUCUUCCUCUCUUAUAUCAAGCCCGUUCCACGCUCAUUCUUGAAGAAACAGGCUUUGCCAAAUAG